UGUAAUUGUUGAAAAAUGUCGAUUAUUCGAGAUUUGCUGAGCGCGCCACAAAUUCCCACUGGACCGACGGCGCAGGCGGGAUCAUUGAUGGACGGUGCUCGUGGACGCAGCACCAACGAAAUGGGCGGACUGAAGAGCUGCUGCUAUUUCUUCGAUCUGAAAAUGGGAUGCAAGCUAAUAGCCUUUUUCGAGGCUCUUCUUGGACUUAUGCAGAUAUACCAGUGCUACAAUCUGGUCAAUCAAUCGGAGAUUGAAACUGCUGUUGGGGUCACAACAGAGGCAGAGUUUGUCACACGCGCGAUCGAAGACGAUCCCAUGGACCCCCAUUCGAGCCAUGGCGCUGGCAAUCACUAUUUUACCAUGGCCCUCGAAACGGUAGCUGUCUUGAAGUCGAUUCUUCUAAUUAUAGGAGCUAGAAUUGAGCACAAGACUUGCCUAUUGCUUUGGCUUUACCUUACAGUUUUUUUGGUUUUCAUGUUCAUGCUCAAUACUCUGUUCAUCAAUUUGGUUGUUGAGCAUUUGAUCUUAGAGGCGUUGUCUGUAUUAUUUCCAGCUCUAGAGGCAUAUUUUGGCUUCGUAGUUCUAUCAUUCUACUGGAAGGUACAGCGAAAAAGCGACGGCAGCCCCUCGGAAUUCGAAGUGCUUUACACAGCCAGUGAGGACUCAUAGAGACAAUAAAAGUUCCACAAUAAAUAAUCUUCCCAUUUAAAUUAUCCAAAAAUUCCAAGCACAACAUUCACACAAAUUGAGCUAAUUCUUAAAGUCUAGUACAUAUGGCAAUAUCUUGGAUUUAAAUAUUCGAAAUAAAUAUAACUCU